UUAUAUCAGCUCCUCUAUGCUGUACUCAUAUUUGCCUUCGCUGUAUGUGUUCUGAACCUGUCAGCAAGGGGUUAAGGAAAGUGGCAACUCAUGUUGCAGUGGCCAGAAAAAAACAACAAAACCUCAUCAUCUGGAAACAGGAAUUGGAAAACGAAACUAUCUUUUCUUGGGACCUAGUAUUAUCUAGAGAAUAAGUUUCUUUCUACACUUGUUCUGACUGGUUGAAUGUACCCUAUUUAGAUGUUUAAGUAAUUAAAUAAGAUAAUAGUAAAACGCUGAAAAGGAGCAAGAAAUUUCCUCGUUUAACAAUACUCAUGAAUCAGAGAGUCUAACUGGAGAGACAGGAAGCAUUUCACAUAAAUAACUCCUCCCCUCCUUCCUCUUCUGUUUUGCUAACGCUGAUCUUCAGAGGAGGAGCUGGCGGAUGCUAAUAAGCUGAGUUGCCAAGUGAGCGUUAGCAGGAACUUCAUUACCCUUCUUUGCCUUAGUAUCUUGGCAAAGAUUAUGCUGCGACUCGCACCAUGAACUGGCUGUCUGCUUCCCCGGGAGUCGUUUUAACAGCCUACCACCCCAGCGGCAACAAUGCCGGGAGUCACGCGAAAGAGAGCGAAGAAACGUCCCCCUCAAGCCGCAGAUCUGGCCAGUAUACAAUGAACCAUGACAACUCUAAGAAGUCCACAGAGAGGCCACAAAUUGACCGCUCAAGUUCCCAGGAUUCCUUGGAUGAGUUGUCUAUGGAUGACUAUUGGAAAGAACUUGAGAACAUCCAUGAAACCAGCAAAAAUAAUCAUAGAGAGCAAGAAGUGAUUGUGGUGAAAGAGCCUGAUGAGGGAGAGUUGGAAGAAGAGUGGUUAAAGGAAGCUGGACUGUCAAACCUUUUUAGUGAGAGCACAGGAGAGUCCCUAGACAGCAUGGUGUUUCUGUCCACAUUGACGCGAACUCAGACAGCAGCAGUACAGAAGCGAGUGGAGACUGUCUCACAAACCCUGAGGAAAAAAAACAAGCCGUACCAGGUUCCUGACGUCAGAGAUAUCUUCAGGCAACAAAGUGAUUCAAAGGAAAAAGUCUCUGGUGAGAGUGAGCCCUCAUCUGUGACAGCAAGAGAGAAUAAAAGUGAAGCUCAAGAUGAAGUGACAGAUGAUCCGGAGUUCAGCCUUGGUAUCAGUGAAGAGACCACCCUGCUUGAGGAUGUGCCAGUUUCUGAAACUGAUAUCAAUUUAGAGAUUUCAUUUGCAGAGCAGGCAGCCAAUCUCAAAGACAACUCAAUAGGCAAAAUGUGCAAAGGCAAAGAGGACGAUACGCAACUUCCUAAUUUCAGAUUGCCAAAGGACAAAACGGGUACCACAAAGAUUGGUGAUCUGGCCCCUCAGGACAUGAAGAAAGUCUAUUCCUUAGCACUGAUUGAGCUGACCGCACUGUAUGACUUACUCGGGACAGAAUUCAAGCAACAAAAAGCCAUAAAAAUCAAAACAAAAGACUCUGGUCUUUUUGGUGUCCCACUGUCAGUUUUGCUGGAACAGGAUCAGAAGAAAGUACCAGGCACCAGGAUACCACUGAUCUUUCACAAACUGAUUUCUCAGAUAGAAGAGGCAAGAUUGGAUACAGAAGGACUUCUUCGAAUACCAGGAGUAGCAGCAAGAGUAAAGAGUCUUUGCCAAGAACUGGAAGCAAAGUUUUAUGAAGGGACUUUCAAUUGGGAAAGUAUAAAGCAACAUGAUGCAGCAAGUCUUUUAAAACUCUUCAUCCGAGAACUGCCUCAGCCACUGCUCACUGUGGAAUAUCUCAAAGCUUUCCAGGAUGUGCAGAAUCUUCCAACUAAGAAACAUCAACUGCAAGCAUUGAAUCUUUUGGUACUACUCCUUCCUGAAGCAAACAGAGACAUUUUGAAGAUGCUGCUUGAAUUCCUCCAAAGGGUAAUUGAACAUCGUGAUAAAAAUAAAAUGACUUUAAAUAAUGUUGCAGUGGUGAUGGCCCCAAACCUCUUCACAUUUCAUGGGUUAGGCUCAAAGACUAUUGAACAAAGCGAGUUUGUUAUGGCUGCUGGAACAGCAAACGUCAUGCGCUUUAUGAUUAAAUACCAAAAACUUCUUUGGACAAUUCCUAAAUUUAUUGUCAACCAAGUGAGAAAGCAAAACACUGCACGUCAGAAGAAGGAGAAAAAGGACAAAGCUAUGAAGAAACUGCUGAAAAAGAUGGCUUAUGACAAGGAAAAACAUGAAAAGCAAGACAAGAGCCCCAAUGAUGCUGAUGUUCCUCAGGGAGUGAUACGGGUGCAAGCGCCUCAUCUUUCGAAAGUUUCCAUGGCAAUACAGCUGACGGAAGAACUAAAAGCCAGUGAUAUAGUAGCCAGGUUUCUCAGCCAGAAGAGUGGAGUUGUCCAAGCUCUCAAGAAAGAAGAGGUAUUUUUGUAUGAAAUUGGAGGAAAUAUUGGAGAACGCUGCCUUGAUGAUGAUACCUACAUGAAGGACCUGUACCAACUCAACCCAAAUGCUGAGUGGGUUAUAAAGUGCAGGCAUAGUUAAACACAUAAUAAAUUACAAAAGAAAAAUCUGUGAACUGAACUUCGUAAUACUGUGUAUUCUAAAAGGACAGGAUGUUGUUUUAUCAUUCAAAUGCAUUGUACUAUUAAAGGAAUAUUGUCAAGCUUAUUCAAACACUUACAAGUAGUUUCCACUAACUUGGCAACAUUUACCACAGUCACCACACAGCAAUAUCUGAGAUUCUAGCUUUCCCCGCCACGCAUAUUUAGACUCAGGAGUAAUUGCAUGGUAACUGAAGUUAAAUGUUGACUUUUCAGUGACAACCACUGUACCUUGAUAAUGGUCCCAUCUGGCAGGUCUUAUGUUCGUAUCUAUAACCUUUUUGCGCUAAGGAGAUCUAUAUUGUCUAUGUGUUUGUUAUAGCGCCUAGCACGGUGGGGAACCCAAUCUUGACUGGGGCUUCUGAGUGCUACAGUAAUAUAAAUAUUAAAUAAAAAGUAUGAUUCCAGAGACAAAGUUUCCUCGGUCACUGUGAGAUUCAAAGGAGACAAACUGUAAUGUAAUAUAUCCUGUCUCUGUCUUAAUCAGUGUGCCCCAAUUUUUUUCUUCUGGGGUAUAUUUUGAUGAAAAUUGGCUGAUAAUGACUUUGUUUGUGAAAACUUCUAUUUCUGCCCAGCAUUCCUGCUAGACAAACUAAGUUGCACACCCUUUUAUAUUAUUGGUCUGGUGAUUUGAUUUUAUUCUUGAUGGUAAAUUUUUUUUAAAUGGGACCACAUGUCAAGGUCCAUUUGAAAGCCUACAACCCUUAGUAGUGUCCUUUCUAAUAUUGGAAUGUUAGUAUCCAAUGUAGAGGCACUGAGUUGUUUUACGGUGCCAUACAGGGACAUUGUGUACGCUAGUUUGGAUUUUCUUAGACCAUCUGACAGAUUUCAAAACAUUUUGCGAACUGCCAAAAACUGCCAAUUACUUAUGAAUUGCAGAACACAAACAUUCGGGAUAAAUAAAACAACUGCGAUGAGUAACUGUGGUCUGAAAUUCACAUUUAGCAAACUAUCAACCCCCCAUCCCCCACAGCAUGUCUUCAUUGCAGAGUUAACCCAGGCUCUUGCUUGGUGUUGCCGCUAAACUGGCUGCUGACCACACACAAAACCCUCUUACCCAACUACUGUGGUGCUUUAUACCUGGGCUAGCUGGCCCAUCCUGGGGUAUAGGCUAAAGCCCAAGUUCUGCUUUCACUUGGGCUGGUAACCUGUCCACCUUGCAACGAGGACAAAGGCUAAACCACUUGAGAGCUCAUAGUCCAUCAGUGCUUUCCCACAAUUCCCCCCCAUGUCCCCAGAAGGACAAACAAGUCCCAGAAGUGAAGAAACAUGGGAUAUGCCCCUUAGGCCACACACACAUGAGUGCAGCACCAAUGGAGACCCAGUAACUUGAGUGCGGCUACUCACCUGAGCUAGAUCAGUGCUGGUGCCACACGGUUGAUCUAACUCUGCAGCGAAAACAUAGCCUCUGAACCAAAUUUUCCCCUUGGACACACUUACAUUGAUCUCAUUGAAUUCAAAGGGAGUCUUGCAUACAUGUCCAAGGGAAGAAUCAGGCCUUUUGGACCUGAUCCAAACCCAAUGACGUCAAAGGGAAUCUUUUCAACGAGCUUUGGAUCAGGCUCUCACACUGUAUUAUUCACAAGUGAACUUAAAAUUACACUGUUAGAACUAUCUGUUGCAUCAGCAGCAUAGAUCUGCAAUAGAAUAUAACUGUAAAGGUUAUAGAAUGUGUUAUUUAUAGAAAGAGUUUUGUGCACAUCUGCUGGUUAGUUAUUCCAUUUAGAUAAGACACACAACAUAUGAACAAUUUGUGUUUGUGUGUUUUUGGUAUUUUUCUGGUUUUGUUUUUAAUCAAAACAGCAGAGAAUAUUGCAGUGGGGCAGGAAGAAUUGUUCCCAGGGAUUCUAUAACACAAGUAGUCUUGUGGCUAGAACAGAGACUAUACUGCAAAUACAAAGGAAGGAGUAAGAAACAAAAAAAAAAAUGCUUGAGCAAAUAUUUAUGAGUCUAGAAUGUAAUGAAUCUAAGGCAAUUUAGAUGUGUAAUACAACAAACUGUGUGUGUUCAUAAUACUUUAUCUGUCAUUCUUUAAAAAACAGAUUACAUGUUACUGGAACUCUAGAUGUUAUUUUAAUCAGGAACAAAGUGCUGAUGAGAAGAACAGCUGUAAAAUUUCACCCUGGUGGCUAGAUAAUUUAAAUAAGUUUGUUGCUGGUUUAGUGCCAUUACAUUUUUUUUUAUUUAAAAAGAAUUUUUAUAAUUCAAUGUUUUGUUCUUAAUUCUCGUAUUUUAAUUAUUAUGCCUACGAAAUGUACACAGAAGCAAUUCUGACUAGUUGUUGAACGAACUUUUUGUUUUGACUGCCUCACUUCAUAAUCCGUACGGGUAGUCUAUAGCUUUAUAUAUAAAAGAGAUGUUUCAGAUGAAAA